AUGGCUGCCCCCGAGCCCAAGCGCCAGCGCACUCACCCCAACUACGAACUCCUCUAUCACCCCACCAUUCCCGGCCGCGGCGAGUACGUUAGGCUCGUCUUCGAGGCCGCAGGCGUCCCGUACAGUGACCCCGCGAACGAAGACCAGAACAAUGGCUACCCCAAGGUACAAGCCAUCUGUGACGCCAACAGCACUGGCGACGAGGAAGGCAACCCGCCCGCCUUUGCCCCGCCUGCCCUGCGUGUCCCUGGUGCCGGCAAGGACGGCAAAUCCCUGCUCAUCUGCCAGACGCCAAACAUUGUCGAAUACAUCGCACCCAAGGUCGGCCUAGCGCCUGCAGACGAGGUUGACAGGCUGCAUGCCAAUCAGCUGAUGCUGACGGCCUUAGACAUGAGCAACGAAGCCCACGAUACGCACCACCCUGUCGCCGUCAUGCUGUAUUAUGAAGACCAGAAGGAGGAGAGCUCAAGAAAGGCCAAAGACUUCCGCGAGUCAAGGAUUCCCAAAUUCUUUAGUUAUUUCGAGAGGGUCCUGAAGGGCAAUAAGCAGCUCGGCAAGGGCAAGUAUUUGAUUGGUGACAAGCUGUCUUACGCAGAUACGACAUGGUGGCAGGUUGUCGACGGGCUGCACUUUGCCUUCCCGAAGGAGAUGGAGGCCAGAAAGAAGGAAUUCCCGCUCCUUUUUGCGACUUUCUAUCCUAGCUUCAAGGAAGAGAAGGGCAUCAAAGAGUAUCUGGCCAGCGAAAGGCGCCUGAAGUAUUCCAUGGGGUUGUACCGUCAUUAUCCAGAGCUGGACCGGCAGUAA